AUGCGUGCAUGGUUCCUUGUGGUCCCAGCAAUCGGAGCCAUCGUCAAGGAUCUGGAAGAGAAUCUCGGAGGCCCGACCCCGGCAGACUGUUCGGAUCCGGUCAAUGACAUCGUGCGGGAAAAUUGCAAGCAAGGCAGCCCUGCCACUGAGUGGGACAUCAACGCGGCAGGUUCCAGCUCGAUCCAGGGGUUUGCCACGCAGAGCAGCUAUGUGAUUGGUGAGCAGGUGUUGUUCAAGGUGAAGACAACAUCCAGAAAGUAUCGUUUCGACAUUUACCGGCUCGGUUGGUAUAAUGCCUCUGGUGCGCGGCAUGUUGCCACUCUGCGGCCAUCUGCAGCAUUGCCACAAGAGCAGCCGGAGUGCUACAAGGAUGAUCUUACACUGCUUGUGGACUGCGGAAAUUGGGCCGUCAGCGCCGCCUGGCUCGUCCCAACUGACGUCGUGCCGGGCAUCUUCUUCGCACGCUUAGUGAUGGAAGAUCCGCCGCAAUAUUGGCGGACAGAUGCAAGUGAGAUUAUGCCGAGCCCUAAAUUUGCCAACAAAAACUGGAACUACAGUCGCAUGCCUCCUUGCGGUCCUGAACAGUGUCCUGCUCUGGUACAUGCGUAUGGAGCACAGCGACACCUGUCUGGCGAUAUGAUGAGCAAUGCGCUGAAAGAGCCGCAUGCAUCGCAUGUCUACUUCGUCAUUCGUCAAGACGUGCGCAAGACGGACGUGUUGCUGCAAACUAUUGACACUACGUGGCGUGCAUAUAACAACUAUGCUGCUCCAUCCACUUAUGGCGUGCUUCCGCUUCCAAGGCACAAUCUGAACCUCUCCGAUGCAUGGCAAAACAGAAGGGCCUAUAAGGUCUCCUACAAUGCUCCAUUGCUGACUCGGGACACUCGGGCUGUGAAUACACUGUUUAAUGCAGAGAUGCCUGCGGUGCGAUGGCUUGAGCGCCAUGGUUAUGACAUUCAAUAUUGGACUGGAGCAGAUGCUCAUGCACGUGGAGAAGAGAUCGCUCGCCGUGCCCGAGUUUACGUCUCCGUGGGUCACGAUGAGUACUGGUCCGGGGAGCAAAGGCGGCAUGUGGAGGCAGCACGUGAUGCAGGAGUCCACUUGCAUUUCUGGAGUGGCAAUGAAGUCUACUGGAAGGUUCGAUGGGAGUCAUCACCAGUGAACGGCGAGCCAAUGAGAACCAUGGUGGUAUACAAGGAGUCCCAGGAAUCUUUCAAGAUCGACCCUGAGCCGAAGCUGUGGACCGGAACCUUCCGAGACAGCAAAGGUUUUAACCCAGAAGGGGCCAAUCCCGAGAACUCGCUGACGGGAACCAUCUUUACGGUAAAUGCAUGGCGCCAUGAUGCUCUCGAGAUACCCGGUGCCUAUGCCAAACUUCGAGUUUGGCGCCAUACCGACGUGGCCUUGAUGAAGUUGACCCAAAAGGCAGUACUGUUGAAAGGGCUUUUGGGCCACGAAUGGGAUGAAGACUUGGACAACGGCUUUCGGCCCGAAGGGCUCAUCCGCCUCAGUGAGACGCAUGUGGACAAUGUGCAGGCCAUCGUGGAUCAUGGCGCAUGCUUCGACUCUGGCAGUGCCACUCACCACUUGACGUUGUAUAAAGCCAAGAGUGGCGCUUUGGUGUUCGGGGCAGGCACGGUCCAGUGGGCUUGGGGACUGGACAAUUUCCACGACUCCGUCACGGGCAUGAACAACAUGUGGGAGAGUGAGUACAAUACUCGGAUAGGGGUGGACCCCUCUGGCCCUGACUCGGUGGUACAGCAAGCCACCUUGAAUUUGUUCGCGGACAUGGGUGUUCAAGCCCCGAUCUUGGGAGCAGGCAUGGUGCGUCCAUCGGCGUCCACAGACCACGAAGCGCCUGUUAUAUCCUCUGUUUCGAUGGCUGAUAGUGGGCCACGCAAGAAUUUCGUCGUCAGAGCCACUGACUCUGCCGGUGAAGUCGCAGCUGUGGAGUGGUCUUUCGAUGGUAGACGCUGGCAUCCGAUGAAGCGCCAGCUUCGGGAGCCAGAUCAGUGGAGCAUGGAAACACCGACGCCCGCAUUCCAAGGAGAACUGGAGCUCUGGUUUCGUGCUGUGGACGAUUCGCUGAACAUCGGCAAGGAGUACCGAUGGAAAGAAAAGCCAGAGUUGUGA